UACCAGUAUUUCUGGAUUCUUAUCCUAAAAACAUCAGAUCUGUUGACUCAGUGGACACCUGAAAACUAAUGGAAAGAGUUUUGAUUUUGCUGCUGCUCCCACUUGCCUUGGCAGAGCCCAGUUCUAGCCCAAGGGGAAUCAUCUUCAAUCUGGAUAAUGGAGAGUUAUGUUUCAAUAGUUACCAGUGCAAAAGUGGAUGUUGCCACAGGGCUGAUGCGUUCAGUCUUGCUCGUUGUGCAUGUAAAGCAGCUGAGAAUCAGGAGUGUUCCCGCAAGCAUAUCUAUGGGGUUUACUAUAGGUGUCUCUGUGAGAACGGCUUGACUUGUGAUGCUGACAGAACAAUUGUGGGGAGCAUCACCAACACCGACUAUGGCAUCUGCCGGGACCAAGCAAAACAAUACAGAAUCAAUGAGGAAAGUCAUUAAAGGUGUACACCCGCUUCUCUUCUCCUUCCCCUAGUGAUGCAGCUGUCAACCUCUUCCAGAGCAAAAACCAUUCCUGUCCUUGUGUCGUACCUUACAAGGAUCCAAACAGAUCCAGACAUCACCAUCACUCUCGAUUUUUCUGUGUAUACAUUUGUCCUUGUUGCAUAAAUAUUCUGUUGUCAGAAUAUAUAAUCAGCUAUAUGCCUUUACCUGCCAGAUGUCUUUCUCUAUGAGCACAAUCAAGGUCCAAUAGCUCCUUGAAGACCAGCUAGAUUUCCAAGGUAGGAACUUUUGAGAGUCAAAACUCCAUUCAUCAAAGUACAUUUUCAAUAUAUUGUUGUGUAUCGGCGGCACACCACAGCCAUAUUUUCAAACUUUUGCAUCCAUUCCCAUGAUGCAGUUAGACUGAAAAGCAUUUUAUGGGUUAGUAGGCCUUUAUUUUACACCCAUGCCUAGAAUAUUAGGCAUUUCUGAAUAACAACCCAUGAAUACAACAGAACCAAUGGUUCACUCCUCCUCUGUUUUCUUCCACUUCAUUCUGUUUUUGAUAGAUGUUGCACCCAUUGCUAGCAAAAGGCACUGGAAAGCAUCAGUCUCUCUUGGUUGUUGCUCAGAUUCCAUUCUAUGCUCAUCUCUGUGUAUCUAUCUCUGCUACUUUUAUUGGGCAGGGCUAUAAAUGAAUGAGUCCUUUCUUGGUUAUAUUUGUAUUCCCACUGAAGCAUGUGUUUUAUUUGUUUGUAUGUUUACUUGAGCAUUUGUACCCCAAUUUUUCCCCCAGUAGGGGCUCAAAGCUGUUUACAAAAUAAACACAAAAAUUAAAUUUAAACAAACAGAAA